AUGACGGACACGCAGCAGACAGCCGCGCCCCAAUUCGUCCCGCGCUUUCGCAGCGACGUCUACCCUUUCAUCUCGCCGUCGAAAUUCAGGGGCUCGCUGAAGGACAAGGUGGCUAUCAUCACGGGUACCGCCGGCGCCAUAGGCCAGGCACUCGCCGAGUCGUUCGCCGUGGCCGGCGCAAAGCUGGUGUUGACGUACAAUAAGACGGUGCCGCCGCCGGCGCUGACGGAGCGGUGUCUCCGCUUUGGGGCGGGCGCGGUCGAGUUUGUCCAGUGUGAUGUUGCGCAGCUGGAGGGGUGUGAGGCGCUUGUAAGGAAGACACUGGACCUCCACGGCAGGGUAGACAUCCUGGUCAACAACGCGGGCGCCAACGGCCUUGGACCGAUGUACGCCCAAGACCCGCGCGACUUCAUCCACGACAUGGCGGUCAACUUCCAUGGGCCGUACUACCUCAUGCGGCUGGUGGUGCCCGAGUUCCGCCGCCAGCGCAGCGGGUGCGUGCUCAACAUCGCCUCCCGCGCCGGCACCGUGGCCAUCCCGUACAGCACGAGCUACUGCGCCAGCAAGGCCGCGCUGAUCAACCUGACCGCGUGCGUGCAGAAGGAAAUGGACGUCGAGGGGCUCGACGACGUGCACCUGUACGCGCUGCACCCGGGCGGCAUCAAGAGCGCCAUGACGCUGAAGAAGUACGCCGCGGACUCGAUCUCGGCCCUCCCGCCCCCAGCACGAGCCUCCUUCGCCAACACGCUGGACGUGUACAACGACUCGCCCUACCUCAACGGCAUGGUGUGCGUGGCGCUGGCGGCGGGCGUGGCCAAGCGCGCCCUGCGCGGCCGCUACUUCGACGUCGGCCAGGACCUCGAGGACGUGCUCGCGCAGGAGGCCGCGCUGGCCGCCGACCCGGACCUGUACGCCCUGCACACCCGCUUCCUGGGCGGGCUGGCCAACGGCGGCGUGCCGCCCGGCGGUUACCGGGGCGCGGAGGAGGGUGCGUGGGAGUUUCCUGGGUUUUAA